AUGGCGGGACGCAGUUGGUUGCUGCCUUUGCUGGCAUCUGUGCUGCUUCUUCGGUCGCUCUCCUUCGUGGGCUUCUUCUCCUCAACGAGUCCAGCGAGAAAACCAUCAGCUUCGGCGCCUGCGUCUUCCCGAGUGGCCUUGCAGGCGGAGGAGGAGGAUCUGCCGACCUUCUCCUGGGAUGCGGACGGGCCGCCCCCGUUGCCCGAAUCCCCUGAAGAGAUGGCGCAGCAGGCGGCGGAUGCAGUGAUGCGGGCGUACCGCGAUGGGAAGACCCGGCAGACGGUCCGGCUACGCCUGGACGAGCUCUUCGACAUGGAGAGUUUGUACGUGAAGGGCAUCCAAGCGCUGCAGAUGGCGACGACGCCUUUCAUGGAGGGCUUGUCCAAGAAGUUGUGGGGUGGCGACUUCUUCAAGGAUGUGAAGACCUCCGUGGUGGACGAUCAAGCCGGGACCUUGAUCUAUCGCGAAUCCGACAACGAGAUGCAGGAUAUGGCCAUGUUCUAUCUUCCAGGUCGAGACUUGAUGGCCGAGCAGAAGACCCAGAACUUCAUCCGAAGGAUGAAGGAUCGCUUGGUGUUGCUGGUGAACACGGAGAACGCCCAAUCCUUCUUCCGCGUGGACUUCAAAGGAAUGGACUGGGGAGACUACACCAACAUGGGCAAGGAGAUCAGCAACAUCUUCCAGGAGCAGACCUACUACUACGACAAGGCACCGUGCCAAUCGUGGCAGAUGACCACCUUUCGUGCCUAUCCCUACAACUGGGAAGUCUACAUCGAGGAUUUGGAUUACAACCUCGUCAAGGUCUGGGACAGUGAGUACAAGCCGACGACCAAUCAGAUCGAGGCGCGCUUGGAACAGUAUGAGAAGGUGAAUGGGAUAGAGGGAAAGGCCUACAAGAAGAUGGCAAAGAUCAUGAAGGAUACCAUGAAGCAAGAGGAGAUGAGCGAAGAGAUCGCACCAGGCUGGCGCUCGGCGGCCAGCCCUGAGGAAAUGGUGGAGCGACAGAAGCUUGCGGAGGAGAGACGGUUUCCCAACACGGCCGGUCGAUGCGAUCCGACGCGCCGUGUGAUCCGAGCGAAGUCUAGCACUAGAGCAGCUGUGGAGCCCAUGGAUUUCAUGACCGGCCGAGCUCGUUUCAAGGAGCCGGGCGCCAAGAACGCCACGGAGCCCAGAUCAGAGGCCUGGCCGCCCGGAAGCGAUGAGGAAGAACCAGACUUCGAGGCGUCCGCGCGGCAGUCGCUACAGUUGCAGUGCCAGGAGCUCAGUGAGUCCCUGACCAGGCUACGGCAAGAGAUUGCCGAUGCAGGCACCCGGGAGCAGCGUUUGAAGGAGCUGCUGCGAUGUCGUUCCAGGUCGCUGGUGCGCCUGGCGUCGCAGCUGACUCGUGCUCAAGAUCAGAGGCGACCGACCGACCGUGGGCUUUUUCAUGUGGAAGUCCAGACAGAGGUGCCGACCCUUGAUGCGAUCGAUCCAGAGGCGGCCUUGCCGACGGUGACGAGUCGGCCCGCUCAGCGGGUGGUGGAGCUGGCAGCCAGCAGUCCUGCAGUGCGGGACAUGGUGCUGCAGAGGCUCAAAGGUGAGGCUCGAGAAGGUUUCCCCACCCAAACAGAGGAUUUCCUGAACCUUUGCCAAUUUGCCGUUGCCACACAAAAAUGGGGACACACAGCCCAACGCUGCAACGCCCAGUCUUUCGAGAGUCGACAUGCAACGCCUGUGCUCGCCCCCCCAUGGCUGAUGUUGGCUCCCCAUGUCGUGGGUGCCGCUGCGGCGGGACGCCGCUUCCCCGUGGGACGCCGCGCCUUUGCGGCGGUGCCGGUGCCGGAGGUCUUGCGGCGCUUGCGAUGGCUGCACAGCCCGGGGCAGGUCCUGCGCUUGGCAGCAAAGAACGAGGGUGCUGAUAUGGUCGUCCUUUGCGCAUUACUACAAAGGCUCGUCUACCUGGCGAAGCAGGACGGAGGGUCCAAAGAGACCGAGCUCAGCCAAGAUGGCCGAUUUCAAGUGCUGCUAAAGACACUGAGCAGCCGCGUGGAGAGCUGCGACGGCGGCACCCUGGCGCGCUUGGCCGACGCCGCAGCGCGGCUGCCGCGCAGCGCGGAGGUGGAGGAGCUGAUGCAACGCCUGGUGGAGUCUGCAGUGGGGCGCCACAAUGCCAUCAAGCCGCAGGACCUUUCCUUCCUCGCCGUCGCGUUGGCCACCGCGCGCGUGCGGGGCGUUCCUGCGGGACACGCCGCGGGACACGCCGCGCCCUUGGGCAAAGCCGUACACUUCGUGCGGGGCGAGGCCUUGCGGCAAAUGCAGGAGUUCAAGUGGAACAGCUGCAUCCGAUUGCUGGAAGCCUUCCGUCGCUGGGGCAUUGUAGAUCCAAACCUUACAGAGAUGGUGCUGGCACGGCUGCAGGACAUCCUUCCGGACGCCACCACGCGAGAUCUGACGAUGCUGCUGGAGUACCUCUGCCAGAUGGGCUUGGCUUGCCUGGAGCUCUUACAACCACUCUGUCAGAUGGCCUUCAGUAGCUUGUGGCUCUUUACUCCGCAGCAGUUGGUGUCCAUCGCGCACUCGCUUGCCAGGCUGAGAUUCUUGAGCCCAAAGGAUCUCGAGGAGCUCUUGGAGGCGCUGCUGCCACACGUGGGAAGGCUCAGUGAUCCAGAGGUCUCGAGGUUGCUCUUCGCGCUGGCGCUCAGCAACCCCGAUUGGCAGGGCAAGUGGCAGACUGUGAAGCAAGUGCUCGCAGCUCAGUACGUGGCUGGAAGCACCCGGAACUUGCGUGCAGAUGUGUCGGUCGCUUGGGCCUUUGCGGUCCUUCAGCUUCCUCAAUACAUGCCAGACGUUCUCCGGCUUUUGGACACUCACGCGACCUCCGCGGUGGACGUGCCACGAAGCGUCCUGGUGAUGCUGCACGAGGUAGGUAUGUUCCUAUGUAGCUUGUCAUGGCCUGCACUCUGAGCUGGCCGUUCAGUGGCGUUCAGCGGCAGAGGAGACGAACAAGGAGGAGGUGGAGCGCUGGGCACGUUCGGGGUCGCCCCUGCGGGCGCAGGUCGCGCGGUGGUGAAGUCGUGCAACGACGAGAGUGGUCCAGGGCGCAGCUGGUCGGGGCUUGGUCUAUUUUCCGAACCGAUCCCAGGGGAACGCCGGCCCGGAGGUCUCACUUCGAAUACACACCCAUGUGACGACCCGAGUCACCACCCAUGUUGUUUGAUUUUUGUGAGGUUUGCGUGACAUGUUUUAUUGCUCCUGUCAGGUACGGAGUGCAGAGACGAUGGUGGUAAAUUCAUACCUAUAUAUACAUUGGGGUGGUUUGAGGGGUCAAUGCAAAUAGGCAUAUAUGACAGACAUGGAGUGUUUGGGUAAGGAAAGAGACAGCUUCGGGACGAUUCCUGCAGUUCCUGCACGCUCCGCGAUCCUGGGCACUUUUUUGUGUUUUGUCCUCUUCAGGUGUUCGAUCGGCCCAGAGGAAGAUCCAAGGUAUUUGUUCGAGGUGUGCACCGGGCUUCCGAGCGAGGUGCACCGGGCCCUCAUGCCUGAUCCGGGCUUCCAGGGUCCAGUGGCUUGGCUUUGUGGCUUCAGCGUGGACUUCCUGAACCAGAGGUCCAAAACGGUGAUCGAUUUGGACCACAUCUCUUGGCCCACCAGUCCCACCUUGCGGCACCUCUUGCUGAAGGAGAAGGGCUACCGGACGGAUGCUCGUCCUGUUGGAUGUGAAGACCUGACCGACGGUCGUCCUCAAAGAGCAUAGCUAGGCGCUCCAUCAUGAGCCAUGUGACUCUGGAAGGAGGUCGCCAGGUCGGCCAGGCGGAUUUCUCCGUGUUCAAAUCGGGGCCGAACUCGAGAAGUAACCGCCAGGUCCAUCACCGAGACUCGGUUCGUCCCAGGCGCUCGUUCGGCGACUUGUUCGGCACUCCAGGUGGCGUUACCCUUUUGGGAUCUGAAGCAAUUGAGCUCCGAGGGUGGCGACUGGAGCGCCUUCCUGCGUGUGCACCUCGAGCUCGCGGGAAAAAAAGAAAGCGGGUUGGCUCCUCUUGGAGCGUUCUGAGCGAAGGGAGCGGUAGAGAGGUAGAGAGGUGAUCUCGACAGUCGUGGGAAGCGAGACCCUGGCAGAGGGAAUAUCGACUAAGACUUGAAACGUUUACAGCUGCAUUGGGUCUCGGUUCGGGGGCGAAAACUGUGGUGUCCGGAUUGAUUUGGCUGUACCGGGCACAAUGACAACGAAUUUGAACCUUCUGUCGAUUUCAUGGUCUUUCCCUACUACUGCCAGCAAGUGAGAGCGUGAAAUCUCCGGGACCCUUCCUUUCUCAAGCUUCGCAUGAACCACGACCUUGCCCGUGCCAGCCCACACCUUUUUUGCCCGGGCCAGCCCCGGGAUGUCUUCCUUACGCAUGCUUCCCACGUGUCCGAGUGCCCCACGUGAGCGGACAGGUCAAGGAGCGGAGCCGACGGAGCUCAAGGAGGC